UCGCUCAAGUACCAUGGAACCUUUACAAUGGUGCUUCACCGUCCUCCUCGUCAUCUCCAGCUUACGGCCACCCAUGGCCACUGGUGACACAUACGCCACUGUCUGCGGCAAAACCGGCAAGUACAAAGCCAAUAGCACCUACCAACAGAAUGUCCAGAGUGUCACCAAAUACCUCUUCAACGAGGCCACCUUCAGUGGCGGCAACGGCUUCGCAACAAGAACGGAGGGCACUGACCCAGAUAGGGUUUACGGCCUUGGCAUCUGCCGCGGGGACACCCCGGACAACGUCACCUGCUACGAGUGCCUGUCCUCCGCAUCAGUAGAGGCGUCGACGCUCUGCCCGGAUGACAAGGACGCCACACUCUUCUACGACGGCUGCACCGUGCGCUUCUCCGACCAGGAUUUCCUCUCCUUCUCGUUCUGGCCCUGGUAUAACGAGCCGGAGGUCGUCCUCAACAACACGAACACGGUGAAUCCUGCGGCAGUGGCCAGCAGCUUCGACGUGCUCGUGGACACGCUGAUGAACAAGACUGCAGAGCAUGCGGCGGCGGCGAGCGAUGCCCCUCAAAAGAAGGUAGCCACCGGCGAGGCCCUGUUCGAUGGGAGCGAUCCGCAAACAAAGAUUUACAGCCUGGCGCAGUGCACGCCAGACCUGACGUAUGGCGGAUGCAAAAAUUGCCUCCGGUUUGUGAUGGACGAAAUGGCCCUUACGAGGGUGCCUGGCGCACAGGGACAGAGGGUGGCUGGGGUGAGAUGCAACGUACGAUUCGAGGUGUACCCGUUCUAUAUCGGCGAGGCCAUGGUUCGUAUUGAAGGAACUCCGGCGCCAUCACCUGCGCCAUCAAAGUCGAGGCUGGCGGCGCCUCCUGCACCACCGAACCCUGCGAGUCCACCGAGCAAAGGAGGUAUAUAUAUAUACAUAUAUAAGCACCUUUGA